GGUGGGCACGGAGGCCAAGCCGCACGGCUGUGAGCCUGCGACUUCGUCUCUAAAGCAGGGACGAUACAGCACAGUUUGUGCGCCUCUGCCACCACAGACUCCUAGAUGCUUAAGGUAGGUUAGUGCCUGUAAUCCUCACAAUAAUCCCGGGAGCAAGGUUACAAAUGAGGAACCAAAACCCAGAGAGGUGCAGUAACUUGCCCAAGGGCACACAGCCGGCGCCGGACUCAACCCCAGGCGCCUCAAUUCUAGAACGCCCCCUUCACCGCUUCCUGCUCUCGGCAGCCGCUCCCCGAGGGGCCUGGUGCCGGCACGCGCCUCACCUCGGCCCCCAGCGUGGUCCUCGCCCGGGUGAGGCCCCAGCCUCCCGGCCCCUCGAGCGUCCAGGCCCAUCCUCUCUGCUCCAGGUUUUCCAGAAGAGAUUCAACGGCUCAGUGAGCUUCUUCCGGGGCUGGAACGACUACAAGCUGGGCUUUGGCCGCGCCGAUGGGGAGUACUGGCUGGGGCUGCAGAACCUGCACCUCCUGACACUGAAGCAGAAGUAUGAGCUGCGGGUGGACCUGGAGGACUUCGAGAACAACACGGCCUUCGCCAAGUACGGCGAAUUCUCCAUCUCGCCCAACGCAGUCAGCGCCGAGGAGGACGGCUACAGCCUCCACGUGGCGGGCUUCGAGGACGGCGGGGCAGGCGACUCCCUGUCCUACCACAGCGGCCAGAAGUUCUCCACCUUCGACCGGGACCAGGACCUCUUCGUGCAGAACUGCGCGGCCCUCUCGUCGGGCGCCUUCUGGUUCCGCAGCUGCCACUUCGCCAACCUCAACGGCUUCUACCUCGGCGGCUCCCACCUCUCCUACGCCAACGGCAUCAACUGGGCCCAGUGGAAGGGCUUCUACUACUCCCUCAAGCGCACCGAGAUGAAGAUCCGCCGGGCCUGAGGCGCCGGCCCCGCCUCGCGGCCCCGCCCCCCGCCC